UUUUCAGAAUAUCAUACAAAUGAAGAUCAUACUUUUAUUGGUCGCACUAUUUUGCAUGACAACCAGCGUUGAUACAUGUUCGUCCGACGGAAGAGCUGCGUGCAUGCAAUUUUGCAGCAGGAGCGUUAAUGGUAGAUACAGCAAGAGGAUGAUAAAAGGAUUCUGUGAAGUGCGUCAAAAGUGCGAAACCUCGGGAAGAAAGAGAAUAUGUAGGAAGUUACCAGUCUGCAUUUGCAGAUUUCCCUCUAUAAAAUAAAUAAAUAAAAUGUUUGUUGUUGGUUUUCGGAAAAUUUUAAUAAGUAAACAGUGCUUGUUAAAGUAAUCCUAUAUCUACCGAAAAUCAUUCUUUUUCUUCUCUUGAUUGAACAAUGUGCGUCGGCUAUACUUUUUAACUUAGUUUCUGCCUGAAAAUUUACUUUUUGUAUCGUUUCAUGGUUGAUUUUAACAAUGAC